AUGACACGCGCUGCUGUAGUGAGCGUUGCCCAUGGCGGAGGCCCCAUGCCAGUGCUUGGUGACCCUGGGCACAAAGAAAUAGUGCAGUCGAUGAAGAAGCGUGUGCCAAAGAUCCUCAAGUUGCACACCCCUGAGGCACCGCGAGCAAUUGUGGUGGUCACUGCUCACUGGAGCACCAACCAGCCCACAAUCUCAUGCGCAAAGUCUCACCGGCUGUACUAUGACUACGGCGGAUUUCCGCGCGAGGCUUACGAGCUUCAAUACCCAGCGCCCGGCUCACCAGAAGUGGCCGAGGAGGUGAGGCAAGCACUGGAGCGGGGAGGCUUCAGCCCUGUUAUGGACAAGACAAGAGGCUGGGAUCAUGGAGUCUUUAUCCCCUUCUUGCUCAUCAACCCCCAAGCGGACAUCCCAAUCGUGCAAGUCUCCGUGCUCGCUAGCGAAGACGCAGCCGCGCAUCUCAGAAUGGGCAGUGCGCUCGCCAGCCUGCGCGACAAGAACAUCGCCAUCGUAGGCUCCGGAUCCGCCUCGUUCCACAACACGCCCGUCCUGCGACGUGUGUUCAUGGGCCUUGCGUCCAUCGCAUCUCUGCAGGCCAAGUCGAAAGCGUGGCACGUCGCGCUGAACGACGCGGUCAUCGGGGACGAGGUCAAGGGCGACGAGCGGGAGAAGAGGCUCGAGCGCUGGAGGCAGUUUCCGAAUGCCGAUGACAUGCACCCGCCGUCGGCGGGCGAGCAUUUCCUGCCGCUGCUGGUGUGCGCGGGUGCGAGAGGCGAGACUAAGGGGCGGGCGUUUAAAGACCCUUUGUUUGGGGUGGAUAAUUUCACGUAUUACUGGAGCGAUACGCCGGAGAGUACAGAGUAA